UCUUGCGUAAGCUCCACCCUCGUUGUUGCCGUUUGUAUAUAUUUGCGGUGGAAACAUGGAGUGAAUGGAGGAGGUGCAGCAGAACAUGGAUGAGGAGCAGAACAUCACCAAAGACACAGAGUUCAGCCUGGUCCAAGUCAAAGGGACGUGGAAACGCCAAAAGGCCUCACGCCAUGGCCAUAAGGGACGAGUCUCAGCCGCAAAGAUCUGUGAAAGCACUUCCUCCCAUGGCAUUUCAUGGACAGUGGUGAGUCCCAUCACCUUCACCUACACUGUCACCCAAACACAUGAUCUCCUGAACCCCAGCAAUGACACACUCCUGAUGGGCCACAUCAGAGAUCCCAAGCAGCUCGAGGCCUUCCGCUCCAGCACCAAGCCUUUAAAGCGAUUCGUAGUAAUGGACGAGACGGUGUACAACCUUUAUGGCUCUCAGGUCACUGACUACCUGGGGGCCAGAAACGUCCUCUACAGAAUCCUGCCGCUGCCUACCACGGAGGAGAACAAAUCCAUGGACAUGGUGCUGAAAAUCCUGGAAGAGGUCCACAGGUUUGGCAUCGACAGACGCACUGAGCCCAUCAUUGCCAUUGGGGGUGGUGUUUGUUUGGACAUUGUUGGUCUGGCUGCCUCCCUCUAUAGAAGACGUACCCCCUACAUUCGUGUCCCCACCACCCUGCUGUCCUACAUUGACGCCAGUGUUGGAGCAAAGACUGGCGUGAAUUUUGCAAACUGCAAGAAUAAGCUGGGUACCUACAUCGCUCCUGUUGCGGCAUUCCUGGACAGAGCUUUCAUCCAAACUGUGCCCCGCCGACACAUAUCCAACGGACUUGCAGAAAUGCUCAAGAUGGCACUCAUGAAGCACAAAGGCUUGUUUGAGCUUUUGGAGACCAAGGGAAGGUUUUUGCUAGACUCCAAGUUCCAGUCGACCUCUGGACUACAUGGCAACCGCUCUGACCCCGCCUCAGUGUCCACACGGCUCGCUAUAGAAACAAUGCUAGAAGAGCUGGCCCCAAACUUGUGGGAGGACGACCUUGAUAGGCUGGUUGAUUUUGGUCAUUUGAUCGGUCCUGAGCUGGAAAUGGUUCUGCCAUGCCUGCUCCAUGGUGAGGCAGUGAAUAUCGACAUGGCCUACAUGGUGUAUGUGGCCUGUGAAAGUGGGUUCCUGACAGACGUGGAGAAGCUCAGAAUCAUCCGCUGCAUGCUCAGGCUGGAGCUGCCGGUGUGGCAUCAGGACUUCAGCUUUGCUCUGGUCCAGAAAGCUCUGAAUGACAGGCUGCAGCACUCUGGAGGCCUGAUGAGGAUGCCUUUACCCAUCGGCCUUGGAAGAGCAGAAAUAUUUAAUGACGUCUGUAACGACACUCUCUACAAAGCGUAUGAGAAGUGGUGUGAUGACCUGGGUACUGGGUCAGAGCAGUGACCACACAAUUUCUGCCUUUUUAAAUAAUAUAUCUUAUCGCUGUUGUGGGAACAUAACCUCGUAUCUCCAUUUUUGACAUUUUAAGUAAAUUUCAUGAUGAGUGGACUAAAAGAAAUGACCCAAAAUGACUUGGAAAAAAGUCUGGUUCCAUUGACUUACAUUAAAAGUAAAGUUAGCAUUUUGGAGGAACGAGGUUUUCUUCCGACAACAGCGAUAUAUUAUUCUUAGCAAUACCAUCAUUUACAGUUGCUGUAAAACUUUUAGGUUUUUCUUCUGAUCUUUAUAAGAUCAUGAAUCCACUGUUAACGUGAGACGACACAUCAGUGUGUCACGGUCGCUCGUACGGUUGUGAAUAUGGAGCACGAGUGCACAGACCAAAUCAUUCAGGCCAACUAUUUCUGGCAGGAAUUUUAGCUUGUGUCACAAAUAACAAUGGAAGACUUUGGAAGCAAAAGCCUAAUGCACUUUUGGCAUACAGUGCUGUAAUGAGGCUGCAAUAAAACUUUAGCAGUGCUAACAACCGAUUUUACAAAGUUCUGCUGCACUUUCAUGAAAGUCUGCAAUGCACAACGCCUCUUGAGCAUGUUUGUUUUAUUGGUGUAUAGCUACAUUAAAGGGAACGAUUUCAUAGUACUGUAUGAUGACUUUUUAUAAACUGAAAAAAGUGUUAACAGGUUGUGGGUCCAAACUGGAACUGCAUUUAUUCUAAUAUUUAAUCUAAAGAAGUAAAAGUUAUAAAAAUGAACAGAAAGUGGUUUUGAUAUGAAUAAGCAUGCACGUUUGUAUUAAACACCAUUUUAAUGAAAACUAACACGUCUCUGUGUGUGAACUCACUGUAAUUUCCAUUGAAUAACUGAAAUGGAAACAGUUGCCACUGCAUGAGCUUGACAGCA